AUGGCGAAAAAUAUGCAAGAGUCUUGCUGGUCUUUAUAUCUCACUAUUGCCAUAUUAGGCCUCGAUUCAAAGUUAGCCGGUCAAGCGUUCCAGCCAGAGUUCGCAGAGCCCAUUACCAACCUGACCGUUCCAAUUGGUCGAGAUGCCACUUUCAGAUGUUUAGUACACAACCUCGGGGGAUAUAGAGUCGGUUGGGUGAAAGCGGAUACAAAAGCAAUACAAGCAAUACACGUCCAUGUGAUAACUAAUAACCAUAGGGUGGGAGUGUCCCAUAACGGCCAGACUGUUUGGAAUCUGCACAUUAAGAACGUACAAGAGGAAGACAGGGGACAGUACAUGUGUCAAAUCAAUACAGACCCUAUGCAAAGCCAGAUGGGUUACCUAGACGUAGUGGUUCCACCAGACUUCGUAGCAGAAGAGACGUCGGGUGACGUGAUGGUGCCUGAAGGCGGCACUGUGCGAGUGUCCUGUCACGCGCGGGGAAUCCCCACACCACGUGUAAUGUGGAGAAGGGAGGACGGAUCCGAUAUAGUUAUCAGAGAUGCGAACGGCAAUAAAAAUAAAGUGGCCGUAUUCGAAGACGAAGUCCUGAUUUUAAACAAAAUAUCCCGCUCGGAUAUGGGUGCUUAUUUGUGCAUAGCCAGUAACGGAGUACCGCCUUCAAUAAGCAAGAGGAUUAUGAUCAAAGUACACUUUCAUCCUGUAAUACAAGUGCCCAAUCAAUUAGUGGGAGCGCCCUUGAAUACCGAUGUAACCCUAGAAUGCUACGUGGAGUCUUCACCGAAGUCCAUCAAUUACUGGGUCAAAGACAACAAUGAAAUGGUGAUAACUUCAAACAAGUUUGAAGUUGUGAACACGAUGAUCAGUUCCUUCGAGAGUCGCAUGGCGCUGACCGUGCGCAAGCUGUCGCCUGCCGAUGUCGGUGCAUACAGAUGCGUCGCUAAAAACUCGCUCGGUGAAGUUGACAGCGUUAUUAGACUAUAUGGUUUGUUAUCUUUAGAAUUUUAUUUAUUACCCUAUAUUGUGUUUUUG